AUGCAAUCAACCCUCUCAAUCCAAGAUCUAAACACCAACCCGUCCUCCAAACGGAUCUUCAUCGUGGGCGGUGGCAUAGUCGGCGCUGCAUUAGCAUUCUACCUCUCCAAAGCAGACAGCGAUCGUCACAUCAUACUACUCGACCGAUCCCUCAAAAAGUCCCUAGGAUCCACAAGCCAUGCACCAGGUUUCGUGGGCCAACUCAAUGAGUCGGCAGUACUAACUCGACUGGCUCGAGAUACUGUGGCCGAGUACCUCAGCGUCCCGGGUGGAUUUAACACCGUCGGAGGACUGGAGCUCGCGUCCACGGAAGCGGGUGUCCAGACACUACAAUCUCGAUGUGAGAAGGCUCGUGCUGCGGGGUUGUCUGCUGAGAUGAUCUCGGCUGAGGAUGCAGCCGCUCUGGCGCCGGAUUUUAUCGAUCGUGAGACUGUGAGGAUGGGGUUGUAUUUCCCUUCUGAUGGGACGGCGAAUGCGCAGCUUAUUACGUCUUAUUAUACGCAGGAAGCUCGUGCCAAAGGUGUGGAUUUCUUGGAAGUUGAUGUGGUCGGGUUUGCACGCAAGAAUGGAGUGAUUGAAGCUAUACGCACUGCGGAUGGGGAUAUCAAUUUGACAGGCAGUACUGUCAUCCUCGCCACGGGUAUCUGGACGUCUUCCUUAACAGGAGACAAGGAAGUCUCAAUCACCAAGUUCCCAGUCCCUAUCAUACCAGUUGCACACCCAUACACAUUUACACCUCCCCGACCUGUCCGCCUCGGAAAACCCUAUCCAUUCGUCCGCUGGCCAGAGCACCACGUCUACGCCCGAGACCACGGCGACCACGAUGGUCUGGGUAGCUACGACCAUGCUCCCCUCGAACUGAAGCCCGACCAAUCAGCCAUCGGGACAUGGCCCUCCAGCUUCGACAAAGUACUCUCAGAAGCAUCCUCGCAUCUGAAGAACGGAGGGGACUUCCUAGUACAAGGACGUCAGGAUGAUUCGGAUCGUUUUGAGGAGAAGAAGCCGUUUAAUGGGAUCUUCUCGGUGACGCCGGAUAAUCUGCCGCUGGCUGGUAGAGUGUCUGAUGUUGGUAAUCUGUGGCUUUGUGCUGCAAUUUGGGUUACUACGGCUGCUGGGACGGCGAAGUUGAUUGCGAGAGAGGUUCUGCGUGGAAGUCAGGAGGGGAUUUCUGAUAGUAAUGUGGGGGUUGUGAAGGCUUUGGAUCCGGCGCGUUUUCAGGGGGUGGAGGGUGAGGUGCUCACUGCUCAGGCUUUGGAACGGUAUAACAAUAUCUAUAACAAGGAGCAGUAG